AUGAAGCUUCACAAAGGCUGCACCACGAGCGACGUGCUCCAAAACUUCGACAAGAAGCUAAACAAAAAUUACAAAAUGUUUGAGGAGGAGACCAUACAGAAGAUGCAUAGCGAAUACGAGCAUCGGGUGAAGGAGAAGACCAAGGUGAAGGUGAAAAGGAAGGGCGUGAAGGGGAAGAAGAGGCCGCGCGAUGGGACGGGCGGGGAGGAUGAACCCCAGGAGGAGGCACUGAAGGAAGAACAAGCUGACCAAGGGGACGACGCGAACGAAGCGGACGCCGCCAACGAAACAGACGCCUCCAACGACGCGAACGAAGAAGAUCACCCUAACGAAGGGAUCACCUUCCGCGAUCUGAACAUCUGCGAGGAAAUCCUGCAGAGCAUAGACGAGCUGGGAUGGAAGAAGCCGACCGCCAUCCAGCGCAAGAUGCUGCCCUUCGCCUUCCAGAGGAGAGACAUUAUCGGCCUCAGCGAAACAGGCAGCGGUAAAACGGCCUGCUUCAUAAUACCCAUCCUGCAGGAGCUCCGAGAGAAGAGGCAGAGCUUCUUCGCCCUGGUCAUCUCCCCCACAAGGGAACUCUGUAUACAAAUAGCACAGCACUUUCAAGCCCUGGGAUCAAACCUACUUGUUAACAUAUGCACAAUAUUUGGAGGUGUCGAUAUAGUGACUCAGUCUUUAAAUCUGGCGAAGAGACCGAAUAUCAUUGUGAGUACCCCAGGGAGGAUUCUAGACCACCUGAACAAUACCAAAGGUUUUAACUUAAAAAAUUUAAAGUACCUCGUAUUUGACGAAGCGGACAAGUUAUUAUCCCUCGACUUUGAGGCCUCCAUUAAUAAGCUCCUGCUGAUCCUUCCAGAGAAAAGAAUCACCUUCUUAUUCUCUGCCACAAUGACGAAAAGUGUAGCCAAAUUGAAGAAGGCGUCACUAAAGAACCCCAUCAAAGUAGAGGUGUCCAAUAAAUACAGUACCGCCAGCACCCUCAUCGAAAAUUACAUAUUCAUUCCGCUCAAGUACAAAUACACCUACCUCUGUAGCCUGUGCUUCCACUUCUCCUCCAGGAGUAUUAUCAUCUUUGCAAACACCUGUGCAGCAGCUCAGAAGAUCAAUUUUUUCUGCAGAAAUUUAGGACUCAAGUCGAUAUGCCUCCAUGGGAAGUUAACACAAAACCAGAGACUCAGUAGUCUGAAUUCUUUUAAAAGCAACCGUUACAACAUUUUAAUCUCUACGCAAGUCGGGGCUAGAGGACUUGACUUAAAAGAUAUAAAAAUCGUGAUCAACUUUGAUCUGUGUUCAUGUAAGGAGUAUAUCCACAGGGUGGGAAGGACUGCUCGGGCGGGGCGCACGGGGAAGUCCAUUACCUUUGUGACGCAGUAUGAUGUGGAAAAUUUCCUCGCCAUUGAAAAGAUGCUCAAUAAAAAAAUAGACAAGUUUAGCGAGCUCGACGAAAACGAUGUGCUGCUCUAUCACGAGCAAACUAUCGAGGCGCUGCGCCUGGCCGACACAGAGAUGAAGGAGAAUCAGGACCUCUACCGCAGGGGCAAAUUCAAAAAGGUUCGGCGAUGA